GCUCCUAGACCCAGCUGGGCUCCCCGACGAGGAGGCAGCGGCGAGGGCGUGGGGCUGCCGGGCGAGCGGCAGCACCAGCACGCUCCGGCUCCUCGGGCGGCGUGGCCUGGCCCUGGUUCCUGGCUCCUUGAUGCCCGGCGCUGCGCGGCGCGCCAGGGGCUCCCUUUCCCUGCGCUGGGGGCCGGCCGGGGCGGAGAGGCAAGUGGCCCGCUCCUCGCCCGCUCCUCGCCGCCGCCACGAUGAGGCUGAGGACCCCUGGCAUUGUCUGCACCCUCCUCCUCCUGCUCCUGCUGCACAAGAGGCCCCAGGUCUCUGAAGCAGCGGGCACCUUUGAGCUCCACCUCCUCUUUGUCCGCAACGAGAAGGGGGUGCUGGCUGACGGCCGGUGCUGCCGCGGGGGGCUGGAUCCCCCUUGCCCCGUGGCGGAGCAAUGCCACACGUUCUUCCGGGUCUGCCUGAAGGAAUACCAGCUGCGGGCACUCCCAGGAGGGCCAUGCGUCUUGGGUGCUGCCACCACGCCCAUCCUAGGGGGCAAUGUCUUCUCCACCAGUCACCGGAAGCGCACAGACCGUACUGGGAAGGCGGUGGUCCCUUUCGACUUUGCCUGGCCGUGCUCGUAUUCGCUGGUUCUGGAAGCCUGGGACGCUCCCAAUGCCACUGAUGUCACCAGCCAAGGUGGAGGGCAGCUGAUGGAGAGGGUGAUCCGUUCGGGAAUGCUGAACCCAGGUGAAGACUGGCAGAGCUUGUGGCAUCAUGGGCGCAGCACCUCGCUGGACUACCAGGUGCGUGUCCGCUGCCAGGAGCACUACUACGGCCCGGCGUGCAACCUCCUGUGCCGCCCCCGUGACGAUUUCUUUGGGCACCAUGGCUGCGACGCUGCGGGCAACAAGGUCUGUCUGGACGGCUGGACGGGAGACGAGUGUACACGGGCAAUUUGCCGCCAGGGAUGUCACAAAACGCACGGGUUUUGCGAGGAGCCUGGCGAAUGCAGGUGCCACUAUGGGUGGAGGGGUCCCCUCUGCGACGAAUGUCUCCUCUUCCCAGGCUGCGUUCACGGUAGCUGCACUGAGCCAUGGAAGUGCGAUUGCGAGACCAAUUGGGGUGGCCUUCUGUGUGACAAGGAUCUGAACUACUGUGGAUCGCACCGUCCAUGCAAAAAUGGGGGCACGUGUGCCAACAAUGAGCCGAAUGAGUAUGAAUGUCUUUGUCCUGAUGGAUUCCAUGGCCGGAACUGUGAGACUGCUCUCCUUCCGUUACCUGUUGCCGAAUUAACUUGCACUUCCGACCUUUGUGCCAAUGGUGGAACGUGCCUCAACAGCUCAUCUGGAUCCCGGUGUGUCUGUCCCCCAGGAUGGAGCGGGGAGUUGUGUCAGCAUGAGGUGACUGCCUGCCUGUCAGAGCCUUGCAGUCAUGGAGGCAGUUGCAGAGAUCUCCCCGACGGCUUCAAGUGCUUCUGCCCUCCUCAAUGGACGGGGAAGACCUGCCAGAUUGAUGUCAACGAAUGCCAGAAGAACCCUUGUCUCCAUGCCCGCGGCUGUAAAAACCUCAUUGGGGGCUAUUUCUGUGACUGUCUGGAUGGAUGGACUGGACCAAACUGCAAAAUCAGAGAAAACUCGUGCCAAAGACAAUGUCGUAAUGGAGGGACCUGCCAGGUGAAAGAUGGUAGGCAUAGCUGCACCUGCCGGGCAGGCUAUACAGGCGCAGAGUGCGAGACGGAGCUGAUGGAGCUGAGUGCCUGCGAUGGCGCCCCCUGCCUGCAUGGUGGGCAAUGCCAGGAGAUGGAAAAUGGGACGUUCCUUUGCAGUUGCCCUCCUGGUCUUAGCGGCAGCCGCUGUGAGAUCUUUGUGGAUCCUUGCUCCUCGAACCCUUGUCCUGACAAUGCCGCCUGCCUGGGCAGAGAAGGCAGCUACGCCUGCUCUUGCCCCGAAGGUGCCCUUUGCCAGCCACUGCAAGAGGCCUGCCUGGAUGGCUUGUGCCAAGGGGCCACCAGCGCGACCCUCCUCUACAAGGUGCUGCCGCUGGCUGUGCUGCUUGUCCUGGCGGUCCCCAUCUUGGCCCUCCUGGCACUAUGGAUCCACCGAAAAUCCCGGGAGACCCCACCAGGGCCUCCAGAACCCGCCGCCAACAACAGCCUGCAGCCCGAUGCCGUUCACCUCAUCCGCAACAUCACCUAUGGUGAUGCUGAACAGGGGCCGAGGGAGGAUGGCACCAUGGCCAAAGCGGGGUUGCCCCCUGGCGUGCACCCUCCCUCUGGGCUCCAAAAGACAGACAUCUCCAACGAGGAGAGAGCCAAACUGAACCGACUGAACGCUGUCCCGGCCUUACCGAGUCGGCCGUUGCUCUGACCUAGCGAAAGAGGGUGGCAAUUCAGCUGUGCGGAAAGAGGACCGAAGGGGACGGGGACCACCGUGGAGGAGUCUCUCAGCACUAGGGCUGAAGAGUCCAGUGGCACUCCAAAAAAAAAAAGAGGGGCUAGAGCCCCAAAGCACCUUAUUGACCUGUUCCUGACCAAUCUAUCCUUUUGGAUUAGAUGGCUGUCUGUAAUUCUACGGUGCUGCUGUAGUUUGUAACUUGGAAGGAGAUAGCUGGACGUCAAGAUUCCUGUCUGCUCUUUCUCUCUCCCACCCCUCAAAGGGGGUAUUCGUCUUAGGACAGUGAUGAACAGGAUCUGUGAAACAUCACAUGUGCUGGCAGGCAGAAGUUCAACAGGCUUGGUUGGUGGAUGAUCCUUGAGGGAGAUCAACUGGGAAAUUUUAGUUCUGUGGAUGUGAGGAAGGGUGCCCCUGUCCUCUAAACCUAGCCUGGCUAAGGUAGUAUGGGAUGCCAGAAAGCGUUGGCCCCUCUGCCAGACUUUUCUUAGAGUCCUGACUGGCUGGAGGGUGAUAUAAGGCCUUCUUGCCUCUUUUCUGCUUCCAAAGGGGUGGGGAAAGAAUUUGAAAGCAGAGGGGUGAUUGGAGGAACUGGGAGCACCCCCUCUGAUCUGGCCACUGAUUGGCUACGAGGUCUGGAAAGCAGUCCCUAUUGUUACGCCUUGGGGCAAAUGGGUGUGUGGAAGUCUCUUCAGGCGGAAUAUCACCUUGUGGCCAAGCAUGGCCAACCAUGGCUGGAUGUAAGGUUCCGGGGAGGUUAGGGGUGUGUGCUAAGAAGAAGCACAUUGAAGGCCUUGCAGCAGGAUCACCAAUCGUAUCCGCCACCUUUUGCUACGGGGGCAGAAAAGCUAAGACCUACUUUUCCAAAUCAGGCCAAAGGCCAUCUGGUCCACUGCUCUGCCUAUGAGGGCCAGCCCGGGACAGCUCAUGUGGGCGGCAUUAAGGCGAUGGCUUUCUGCUCCUGUUUGUACCCAGUCCCUAGUACACCCCACUAGGGUGGGGGAAAUAUGUGACCAGUGGCUGCUAGUAGCUCUAUGUCAGUGAGGCAAUGGAAUCUGCUCUGGGUUUUCGUCGGAACUUUCCAGGACCUGUUCAGCUCUUUGAAAAUUCGGACUAAAACCCAGAGUGGAUUCCAGAGCCCCACUGACCUGGAGCCACCAGCCGCCACUGCAUGUGACCCUUCAGAUGUUGCUGAACAUCAACUCCCAAUCAGCCCCACCAGCAAUGGGCAAUAGUCAAGGGUGGUGAGCACUGGAGUCCAGCAACAUCUGGAGUACCACAGGUAGAUUCUCCACCUCUUAUUUAGUCUACCGUGUUUCAUCACCACUUGAUAGACUUUUCAUCCUUGAGAAUCCUUCUAGCCUAGGAAGCAGGAAUUGACCGAUCCAAGAGUUCAUCCAGCCCCUUGAAAUCUGCCCUUGGCUCCCUACCCAACUUCGGAGGCAUGGAGAGGAGGGGCCUUGGGGUCUGAGACCUCCACCGUCACUCUCUUAUCAAAAUGGCAUAUUCAGUAAAACCUUUAAAAGAAAUAUCUGAUUUUGGGGGAUGAAACUAGCUGCCUUAUACAUUUAAAGCAGUAUUACUCCAAUGUGAACAGUCAUAGCUUCCCCCAAAGAAACCUGGGAACUGUACUUUGUGAAGGGUGCUGAGAGUUCUUAGGAGACUCCCCCUCACAAGGCUAUGAUUCUCGGAGAAGAGGGAUUGGCUGUUAAAGCACUCUGGGGACUGUAACUUUGUGAGGGGAAUGUUAGGAGUCUCCUAACAACUCUCAGCACCAGGGCUGGCGCCAGAGGGUGGCCCGGUCAGGCCCUGGCUGAGGGCCCCUGCAGGAGCCCUCCUUAGGGUGGGAGGGUAGCGCUUCCAUUCCAUGAUCUGCAACAGCAUCGGCUCCUGAUCCUGCCACAGAUCGCGGAGAGAGAGCUCCCAGGCACUCCCUCCAAUACAGUUAGUGUAGGCUUCAAUAAGCACACACACAGCCCACCUACCUCUUGCACACAUGCCUACCAUCAACCAAGAUGGUGGUGGGGGCUUCCCUAAGGGGUUGAAGCCCCCCUGACGCCAUCUUGGUUUAUGGCAGGCAUGCACAUGCAGCACAUACGUCAACAUGCUACAGUUCCCAGGAUUCUUUUGGGGAAGCUAUGGCUGUUUAAAGUGGUAUAACUGUGCUUUAAAUGUAUAGUGCAGAUGGGGCCCUUGACUGAGAAUUUCAUCCCCACGUUAACUGCAGAGCAGCUUAAUGGGAUGGUGAUGCUGAUGCUUGAUGGCUUAUUCAGGCCACUCCACACAAGGAGACCAGCUGCCCUGUCUUCAGCACAGGUGGUUUCUGCUGCAGAACAUGAAGGUGAGGAUGCAUCAGCCUGCAUGGCGAGCAUUUAAACCGUGGGCACGCGCACGGUUGAUGCUCUGGAGGGGCAAGGCCUUGUCUUUUUUCUCAGUAUUCAAGUCUGGUGUUUGCAGCCAAAUUGGGAGGGCAAGUUGAGCUCCUUCGCUUCCCCGGAUCUGUCCUUAUUUUGGCCCAGCUGCUAACCGCCUCUCUGGACGGGUGUGAAACCAUCCUGGUUGCCUUAGCCCUGGGAAUACAUCCCAGAUUCCACUCCGUGUAUUGAAUUGUCGUUUUGAAAGCUUGUAGGAUCAUGGGAAGCUGCCUUAUACCAAGUUAGACCAUCGGUCCGUCGAGCUUAGCAUAGCAUUGUCUACACUGACAGGCAGCAUCUCUCCAGGGUUAUCAGGCAGGGAGUCUCAAGCCCCAGGCCUAUCGGAAGAUGCCAGGGAUUGAACCUGGGAUCUUCUGCAUGUGGGGCAGGUGCUCUACCACGGAGCUACAGCCUUUCCCCUAUCCAGCUCCAGUUUCUUAGAGCAGCUUUCGCCAACCUGGUGGCUGGGGCUGAUGGGAGUUGUAGUCCAAACCAUCUGGAGGCCACCAAGUUGGCAACGGCUGGGUUAGAGGGCGAGAAGGACAUGGUGAGCUAGGGGCCUGCUUGUUCGGCCUCCGGCAAAUCCUCAUUGUCACAGGUACUCCUCCUCCGCAUCUGGAUCGGCAGCAGGGGACCCCCCCCUACCCUUCAUAGUGGAGCGGGGCAGCAAGCAUCUUUAAGAGCCAGGACCACCAGUUGCGGAGCACAGAUCAAGGCCUGUCUCCCACUCUUAUUCUGCUGGGCACAGUUUGGAUUAUCGUUGUUGCUAUUAAUAACAACACAUGACUCUGAAUCAAAUACAACCUGUACAAAUACAAGUACAUAUUUGAAAGAGGGGGAAGAAGGGUAGGUGAGUAACAGUGUCCCCAACUAGAAGGAGGCUGAAUGUAUUUACAUUGUAAUAUACUGUAAAGAUUUCUUUAUCGCUUGUUGUUGUUGAUCUUCUGGUACCUUACGACGAUGAUUCUUUUGUACCGGGGCGAGGUUGAUGAACCACGAGUAAAUAUUUUAUUUGCCUCAUU